UUAAUCAUUCUUCAUCUUCAAAUCUUUCAUUCAGCUCAACCCAUCUCCCAAGAAUCAGUAUUCAGUAGAGAGAUUAACAUGGAUUCAACAACAAAGGGUAAAAAGGGUGCCGCCGGAAGGAAGGCUGGAGGUCCCAAGAAGAAGUCUGUAACCCGAUCUGUCAAGGCUGGUUUGCAAUUUCCGGUUGGUCGUAUCGGCCGGUACCUUAAGAAAGGUCGAUACUCCCACCGCGUCGGUUCCGGCGCUCCAGUUUACUUGGCCGCUGUUCUUGAGUACCUCGCUGCAGAGGUGCUAGAGUUGGCUGGGAACGCAGCUAGAGAUAAUAAGAAGAACAGGAUUAUCCCAAGGCAUCUUCUUUUGGCAGUGAGGAAUGAUGAAGAACUUGGAAAGUUGUUGGCUGGAGUGACGAUUGCACACGGAGGUGUUCUUCCUAACAUCAACCCGAUUCUUCUACCCAAGAAGACAGACAAAGCGCCCAAAGAACCCAAAUCUCCAUCCAAAGCCACUAAGUCACCUAGGAAAGCUGCUGCUUAAAACUAGCAUCAUUUUCAUUGACUGCUGUUUUCUCACUUGUAUUUACUGCUGAACUGUAGCUGUUGUUGAUCCUCUUUAACAAUUUGUAGAAGAUUAAUGGAUUUUUAUCUAUAUUCUCUCUUUAGUUUGAAUCAAAACCUCCAAAAUUUC